GUUGAUUUCCAGGGCUUAGGUAGGUUAAGAAAGAUUAUCCCGAUCAACGUAGAGCAAGUUGCAAGAGUAACAAAAUGUGGUGCCUGAAAGUUGGCAACAAUCAACAAUAGCGGAGUGAUAUUGCAGUAGCAGGAUUCUUUUCUUUAUAAAAGCGUGAAACACGUAAAAACCGCAUAGAUCUGCCCCCCAUGCAAACACACUUUGAUACCGUCUUUUCACUCAAUCAACUUUUACAAAUUGAAUCUCAUUGUCGGAAAUCACAAGCACCUCGCUGCCUAUAUCAAGAUUCCACGCCGAUUUUUUUACGAUUUCCCCAUCCAAGACAACCAUCGGAAUUUUGCUCCGUGAUUUCACUUAACGCUCGAGGCUACCGCUCGAAAAGUGUAAAGUGCAUGAUCUAUGGCACUGUGUAUUGUCAUGAUUAUCAAACCGUGGAAGCCGUAUGGGCACGGUUACAACCACUGCAACAACGACAGCCACAAUCGUUAUUAACGUCGUUGCUACAAAAACAACAACAGGAAAAGCAGUUAAAAGUAGCCAAACUACUUCUUGCAAGCUUUCCAUUAGAAUCACAACAAACUUAUCCAACGAUAACAAAUGAUGACAAGGAUCCAAAACCAUCCACGAAAAUCAUUAUUGUUAUUGACAUUGGACUCAAGGACGAUUAUAUGUGCAGGGCAUGCCAAUUACCCAGUUUAUCAUGGUCUCGGCGGAUGUGGGCACUGGCUUCAAGGGCCAAUAUGAUUUCAUUUACAGGCGUAUGUUAUUCUGUUUUAGGUGGCGCAUAUAGCUCACUUAGUAAGGCGAAUGCCAAUUAUGCAUACAAGGCUGGCUCCUUGGCAAUACAACAGAUCAAGUUCGCACAGUGGUUAAAGGAUCCGGUUCUAGAAUCGAAGUGCUGGCUGUAUUAUGCAGAGGAUUUGAUCCAGUUGCAUCGAUUCAAGCGUGUGGAUAAGAUCCUGGCGAAACAAGUUGCGUUUGCUCAAAACCUUGGAGAUCCAAUUCUGCUCAAAAUGUGCGAUUCAGUGCAGACACGAAGAGAUCGAGCAUAUGCAGACCAUGUCCAUGCUGCAUGACGGACGACGAAAGAAGCGCCGGUCAAUAUGCAUCUUCUCUUACUUGGAAUAUUCAACAAAAAAGAAUCUUAGCGAGAUGAGCAGCUGCGCUUGUAACGCCAUGUUAAAGUACAUCUUCCGUCGUAUACCGCUCAAUCAUUAAACACGCUCCAAGAUCUUUUCAAGUCAUAACUACACACAAGACGUUGCUGGUUUGAGGCAGUAACCUUGCAGACUAGCAGCAUAUAACUAUCAAAGCAAGAAAAACAAGAAAGAAAAAGAUUCUUCGGAACGUUUACGGCUGCACAUGCAUUUAUACUCUAUACAUCUAUACAUUUAUUCAUUUGUACAUCUACAUUACACUAAUACACAAGGACUUAUUCAAUACCUUACAAGUACACUAUGUACAUGA